ACCAAAGAGACACACUUGAUCAAGUUCUCUCCCGGGACUCCAUUUUUCAUGUCCAUAUAUCAAGGAGUUGAAAGUGAUUAGUGAUGGCCAUGGAAGAGAACAAUGUGGUGGUGAUUCAAGAUGCGUCGAAAGAGCUUCAUACAAGAGUGUUUUCAUGGGCUAUAGAUAGCGGCUUAGCACUGAAGGCAGCAGAUAAGGUCACUCUAGUUUCAAUCAUGCAUCAGAUACACACUCCUAUGGGAUAUUAUUGCAGUGUGCAUGGACUGAAUAGGAGGAUUGUGGCCGAAGAAGCCACGAGGAAGAUGGAAGAGUAUCUUCAGAAUGAUGAGCUUGCUCAGAUUGCUAAACUUUAUGAAUCAAAUGAGGUUGCAUUUAAGAUUCAGUUGGUUACAGGAUCUCCAUUAAAGGAACUUGCUUUAAAAGCAGCCAUUAAUCUAAAGGCAACUUGGCUUAUACUUGACAGGCAACUGAAGAAAGAUGCAGAGUUUUUCCAGCAGAAGCUUUCUUGUGGUAUAUCAAGAUUAAAGCGAAACAAUCGGAUCGUACACCUACGAGCCCCUACUGAUAUCCCCACAGAGAUUCAAUGUAGCAGCCAUGAAACAUUUGAUCAAAGUUUACCAGAACCAGCAUUUGAAGAUCUUUUCCUCACUGUUGAUGAUUUCAAUAAGAGUAAUGCUGAAAUAAAUGUUGAUGAGUCGAGCUUGAGUCGAAUACAAGGCAGGUGCCAACGCCGAAAGGCCAUCAACACAUUUGUGACUAACAGGGAAGAAAUAAACAAUGAUGAAGAAACAGGUGAAAUAGAAAGAGGGAAGCAAAGAGAGGAUGAUGAACAGAUAAAAAGCAUGCUCCUUGAGGAGGAGAUGGACACAACAGUUGUAACUAACAAUGAUGAAAUAACAGCUCAGGACAAAGAGCAGACACAGAACUUGUUCCAUGUUGAGGCUUGGAGCUUAAGGCAUCCAUCAAACAUCUAUGAAAUGAAUGAGAUUGAUCAACCGAGCGACAAGGAAAGCGCUUCAGAAGAGCUGUUAUGCUCUAUCUGCAAAAUCAGACGGCCUAAUAUCGAAUGGAAAAAGGAAUUCACAUAUGAAGAACUCCAAAAUGCCACAGAUGGAUUCUCAUUGAAGAACUGUCUCUCUGAAGGUGGCUAUUUGUCUACUUUCAAAGGCCAGCUAGAGGGCGAGUUGAAAAUAGUAGUUAAGCAGCAUGAGCUAAGAAGUUCUCAGGAAAGGGAGAAAAUCCAAUCCGAAGUUCGGUCUACUCUCAAAGUUAGACAUAAGAAUGUGGUCAUGCUGUUGGGUUUAACCACAGAAGCAAGCUUCCUAUUGACCGUGUCUGAGUAUGCCUGCAACGGUUCACUCGACAUGUAUCUAUCAAAGGAAAGCAGCAGAUCUUUGACUUGGAGAGAAAGGAAGAAAGUGGCAAUAGGUCUUGCAAGAGGUCUAAAGUACCUACAUGAAAAUAGCAUAAUCCAUGGCAAUGUAAAACCAAGUAACAUUCUUCUGACACAUGAAUUCAACCCACUGAUUGGAGAUUUUGGAUUCGGUAAAAAGAUUGAGUUCAGGAAGUUCAACAAAGAUAAAAGUGCAAAUUCUGACUACAUAGCACCAGAGCAUCAGGAGAGGGGAAAAGUAUCAACUAAGGCUGACGUGUACUCGUUCGGAGUGGUUCUGCUAGAGCUGAUCACCGGACGUAGGGUUAAAGGUCACUCUGCAGAUAAAAGCCUUGUUGGAUGGGCCAAGCCUCUUCUUAAGGGAAAGCAGUACACACAACUUGUAGAUCCCACUCUCAGCAAGUCAUAUGAGGAGGAAAAGCUUCAAUGGCUGGUCCAAGUAAUAGAUCAAUGUCUUAAAAAGAGUCCAAAGGAUAGAAUGUCCAUGAAUAUGGUUGUUUCUGCAUUGCAAGACUUAGAAGAUAGCGAGCAACACUUCAUUUUAGAAGAACUUACUCCAGGUCCAACAGAAAAUAAUCAGCCAAGCCAAAAACCAGAACAGACAGAGAGCAGGUCCUACAUUGAAAAAGGGAGGUUAAAACUAAUAGUUGAAAAUAACAAUUUCUACAAAACAAGCCAGGAAAACUCUGAUCACCUGAACCAGGUUGAAGAACAGAUGCAAAGCAAGUCUGUAGCAGAGGAAAGGAGUCAUCAAAAGAUGAUAAACUAUGAACACAUGAUGGAUCAGACAGUUGUUGAUCAGCUGAAUCAGUAUGACAAACAAGUGAAUAGCAACCUCUAUGGGCAGACCAUAGCUGACCAGCCAAGAAAUGAUCAAGAACAGCAGAGAUGCUCAUCUGAAAUUCAAAUAGGCUCGAAUUCACACGGUACAGCUAUAAAUCAAAGUUAUCAAACAAAAGUAGAUUGGCCGAACCAGAAUAAAAUACAAUCACAAAGCUGCUCAAGUGAGAAUUUGUUUGCUGGAUAUCAAAGUGAAGCCAUUUUGGAGAAUUUGAAAUCCUCUAAAUGCUCUAUUUGCAAAAGUAAACGGCCAAAUAUUUCAUGGCAAAGAGAUUUUACUUAUGAUGAACUCCUCGAAGCUACCGAAGGAUUUUCAAUUAAGAACUCCCUAUCUGAGAGUAAAGAUGGACCAACUUUCAAUGGAUUGCUAGAGAGCAAGAUAAAAAUAGUGGUUAAGAAAUAUCAAAUCACUAAGCCUCAGGAAGAGAAGAUUUUCAAGUCAGAGGCCGACUUGCUGUCCAAGGCUCGACACAAAAAUGUGGUCAUGCUCUUGGGUAUAUGUGCAGCUAAAAACCAAUUGAUGAUUGUGUAUGAGCAAGCAUGCAAUGGUUCACUUGAUAAGUACCUAUCAAGAGGAAACUUCCAAUCAUUGACUUGGAGAGAAAGGAUAAAAGUAGUAGUAGGUACAGCCAGAGGCUUAAAGCAUCUACAUGCGAAUAAUAUAGUUCAUGGAAGUAUAAAAUCAAGUAACAUUCUACUAACACAUGACUUUGAACCACUGAUUGGAGACUUUGGCUUUCCAAAAGUGAGGCUAGAAACAAAGAAAUCAUACAAGGGUAAGGAAGCAAGCAAUUCUGGAUAUGCGGCACCAGAGUGCACAGAUAGUGGGAAAGUAUCAACCAAGGCAGAUGUAUACUCCUUUGGAGUGGUUCUUUUAGAGCUGAUCAGUGGCCGAAGCGCUGCAGACAAACUACCCGGAGGCAAAAGCCUCGUUGGAUGGGCAAGACCCCUAUUGGGAGGAAAGAAGCACCCGCAGUUGGUGGAUCCAAAUAUCAGCAACUUCUAUGAAGAAGAAGAAUUAAAAUGGCUGGUCCAAGUAACAGAACAAUGUCUCAGAAAGAAUCCUAAGGAUAGAUCUUCAAUGAAUAUGGUUGUCUCUGCAUUACAAGACUUAGCAGGUGCAGUUACAGACACAGAUGAGUGCUGUUUUACUGAAUAUUCUUCCUCAGACAUGCCAUAUUUAGCAUAUGGUCAAAUAAAGGCUGAUUCGAUGAUUCGAACACAAGAACAAAUUCAGAUCAAACCAUGGGUGGAGGAAAGAGACCUAAAGUUGGAGAUUAAAACUCAUGAGGUAAUAGGUCAGAGUAAAGUUGAGCACCCAAGAAAAGAUGGACAAAAGAUGCAGAGCAACCCCCAUGGGAAGGAGAUUCCCAGAAUGGUAGUAUAUCCUAAUGACAAGACCCAGGAAGAAGAGGAUAUUAUCGGAAGCUUCGACGUUGGGAUGAUGUGUAAAAUAGAAGUAGACAGACAACAAAAGGUGAAACAAAUGCAGGACUUAUCAAUUGAGAAUCAAGGUGAAACCAUUUUAGAGAGUUCAGAAACCUCUUUAUGCUCAAUCUGCAAAAGUAGAAGCAUAAAUAAUACAUGGAAAAAGGACUUCAUUUAUGAAGAACUUGAAGCUGCUACAGAUGGAUUUUCAACCAAGAAUUCUCUAUGUGAAGGUGGAUGUGGACCUGCUUUCAGAGGUCAGCUAGAUGAGCUGAAAAUAGUUGUUAAGCAAUACCACAUGACAGAGAAUGUCUUGUCAGAAGUUGAGCUGCUUAGAAAUGCUAGGCAUGAAAAUUUGAUAAGGAUAUUCGGUUCAUGCAUACAAGAAAGUCAAUUGCUGAUUGUAUAUGAACAUGCAUGCAAUGGUUCACUUGACCAGCACUUAUCAAGAACAAGUGGCAGAUCAUUAACAUGGACAGAAAGAAUGAAAGUCGCAAAAGGUGUUGCUAAAGGUCUUAAGUAUCUACACGACAAUAACAUAAUUCAUGGAAGGAUAAAGCCAAGUAACAUUCUUCUAGAUCAUGAGUUUAACCCGCUGCUUGCCGAAUCUGUGUUCGGAAAAGGAAGAUGUGAAUUGAAGUACAACUGCAAGGAUGAAAAAAAGGUCAAUUGUGGAUAUAUAGCUCCAGAGUAUCAAGAAACAGGAAACUUAACAGAUACGACAGAUGUGUAUUCUUUUGGUGUAAUUCUUUUAGAGCUGAUAACAGGCUGUAUGAUUACAGAAGCAGCAUCAGAACAGAAAUGUCUUGUUGAAUGGGCAAUCCCACUUCUUAGAGGGAGGAAGUAUGUACUAUUGUUGGAUUCCAAUAUAAGCAGCCAAUUUGAUGAACAAGAACUGGAUUUGUUGGUCCAGGUAAUCGAAAAGUGCCUCCGAAAGAAUCCGGAAGAAAGGUUUACUAUGAAUAUGGUUGUCUCAGUGCUGCAGCAUGAUGCUGUUGUUACUAGCAAAAGCUGUGUAGCUAAAGAGUCCUCUUUAUCAGAGAAGUCAUGCUUUUUCUUAUGUAAUGCUACUUCAGAUGCAACAAGCUCAAAAGCCAAGAAGGAAGGUCUAUACAAUGAGGUUGUUGAAGAAAGAGAGGACAACAUAACUUACAACGGAAGCGACGGUAAAACGAAGACGAGGGAAGAAAAUAAAAUGAUGAAAAUAGAAAAGAAAGAAAGCUUAAGCACCAAGCUACAUGAAUGUAAUGAAUGGUGCUUGUUUUAUGGUGGAGCCAGGCACUUUUAUCUUCAAGGGGCUAAGGAAUAUACAGUAUGUCAAGAAUUCUUUAUUUUUAGUAAUCAACUCAUUUAAGGGGUUAGUUUUGUAAUAAUAUUUCAUAAAAUAUUCUUUCCAAAAAAAUUGUGAGGACAAAAUGAAAAUGUGAUUAU